AUAUACAUCAACAUUGGGACAAGUCUUUGAGGGGAAAGGGACAAAGACAAUGACAGAAGAAAACGCAAGGCCACUGCAACCGCCACAAACUCAGGAGGCUGAUGAGGAGGAGAAGGCCAUGUAUUCGGUCUGGGCGGUACCGGAGGGUGACGUUGAUGAUCGGCUUCGGAGGGUAAUGGAAGGGCUUAGGUCAGAGUUUGGUGGUCCAUUGUCUGAUCCACACUUAACCCUCGUUGGACCUUUACCUUACAAACUUACUGCCAGCGAGGCUAAACGAAUGUUCAAGGCGGCGUGUGAAGGUUUUAAAGCGUAUCCUGUCACCAUUGACCAAGUCUCCGCCGGAACGUCUUAUUUUAAAUGUAUUUACUUGUCUCUCCGGCACACCAUGGAGGUAAUGAAUGCUGCCGGACAUUUUAUGGCUCGCUUCAAACCCGUCACCGGGAAAAUUUACGUGCCACAUAUAAGUAUACUCUACGGCGACCUAACAGAAGGAGAGAAGAAGAAAGCGUUAGAGGAAGCUUACACGCUUGAUCCGAGUCUCGACGGGUUGAAUUUUCGGAUCAAUCGAGUUGCAUUGUGGAUAACCGAUGCAGACGUUGGAUCUUGGGUGAAGAUUGACGAACACAAUCUCAUUUCUUAAACGAAGUCAUGUAAAUAUAUAUAUGUAAUGGUUUAGGGGAUUAGUCUCCAAUAUUCUUCCGCUUGUGCUUCGCGUGCAUCUUGUGUCCUCUUUAUUCGGUUUAUAUCAUCAGCUGGAUUGGUUUAGUGUGCUAUGAUGUUAUUUGGCUCGGUAUGGUUUAAAUGUAUGUUUGCCUGUGGUUUAUGAUGAGGUCUUAGUCUUGUAAUAAAAUGACAUUUAUUAGCUCUAUGUUAGUAUGAGCAUAAUAUAUGCAUCUUGUAGGAAUA